UGGUUGGCGAUCAUGAUAAGUAAGAUGUCAGUUGUCAUGAAUUAUCAAAUGUAAAUAAAAUAAAAGGGUUGUUUUUAUGUUCAAAAGGUGUAAAUCGUUGUUAAAAACCACAAGUAAUUUGUAUAAAACUGUACUAAAAAUGUCGCGAGACAGUUCCAAAGAUAGGGAGGAAGCUAAAUCAAAACAGCCCCCAGAGGUGCAAUCGGAGGAAGACAACGCCUCUGGUACUUCCAUGAGUAUUGAUUCUUUGCGCAAAUAUCUAGCAGAAAAAUUGGGAAUUUCUGAUGACGAUGAGAAAGAAAAAAUUAAAAUACUCGACAAUGUUUCUGUAGAUGGAAUUGUAGACUAUAUCAAAAAGAAGAAUUGUAAAAACAUUAUUACAAUGGCAGGAGCGGGCAUUUCCACCUCCGCUGGAAUCCCGGAUUUUCGCUCCCCAGGAAGUGGGCUAUAUGAUAACUUGCAGAAAUACAACCUGCCUCAUCCUCAAGCAAUAUUUGAGUUGGAUUUCUUUCACAAGAACCCUAAGCCGUUCUUCACACUGGCUAAAGAAUUGUAUCCUGGUUCUUUCAAGCCAACCAUUUCUCACUAUUUUAUUAAACUUCUAAUUGAGAAAGAUUUGCUUUUGAGACAUUAUACACAAAAUAUUGACACUUUGGAACGGAUUGCAGGGAUUCCAGAAGAGAAAGUGGUUGAAGCUCAUGGCACUUUUUACACAGGGCAUUGUUUGGAAUGUAGGAAAGAAUUUAAAUUAGAGUGGAUGAAAGAAAGAAUCUUUAAAGAUGAAGUUCCAGAAUGUGAGAGUAAAAAUUGCAAAGGUGUGGUUAAACCUGAUAUUGUUUUCUUUGGGGAGGCUUUACCUGAGAAGUUUUAUGGUUUGAUAGAAACUGAUUUUAAAAAAUGUGAUUUACUUAUAAUCCUGGGGUCGUCUCUGGUAGUCCAACCAUUUGCCUCUCUUGCUGAUAGAGUACCAAACACUUGUCCACGACUUUUAAUAAACCGUGAAAAAGUUAAUAACAGCUCAGGCAUAAAGGCAUUGUUUGGUUUUGGUUCUGGGUUUGACUUUGAUGGGAAAAAUAACACAAGAGAUGUUGCGUGGAUUGGAGAUUGUGAUGAGGGUUGCCAACUCCUGGCCGAUAAAUUAGGAUGGGGGGAUGAGUUGAAAAAAUUACGCCAAACUGAAAUUGACAAAAUUGAAAAAGCUAAUGCCACUCUUGUGAAAAGUUCCAUGUAAUUUAUUGUAUAUAACUCAGGUUUUAUGUUUAAAAAGUGAAAGGUUAUUUAUGGUGUUA